UAAUCCUUUCUCUCUAUAACAUGCUUUUUGCUUGCAGGAGGCCAGAGAAGAAUCCAAUAGACCUCAACAACUUGCCUGAAGAGUGCGGCCAGGAUCAAUCUCAAGCAGGCGAACAAGGGUUGGACGAGAGCUCGAUGGUGGCUGUCAAAGCUACUAAGGAUACAAGUAAAUGUAGGAAGAAGAGAAAUGAUAGGAAGAAGGGAAAAGAGGAGUGUGGGAAGAUUUAUGAGUGUAGGUUUUGUUCUCUCAAGUUCUGCAAAUCCCAAGCUAUUGGUGGACACAUGAAUCGCCACCGCCAAGAGAAAGAGAUUGAGACUCUAAACCGGGCUCGUCAGCUGGUGUACUGUAGUGAAAACCUCAUGGAAUCAGGUCCCUAUUUAGGGUACGUAACGGACGUGAAGAAACUUCCAUCUCUCCCUUUCUUUCUCAUUUCCUUCUCAUUCCAAUUCAUUUAAAAAUAAUAAUAAUUUAGGAAUGCUUUUUCCUUUUCUAUUUUAU